AUGGCUGACAACAUGAACAUCUCUGCUCUACCAAACGCCGCAGCCGAAAUUCAACGCUGUAGUCGCUGUGGUGCGGGAAAAUUGAUUGAAGAGUUCACGCGACUUUGGGAAAAGAAAAUAAGAGUUUCUAAAACAUGCAAUGCAUGCUCAGAAUCCCGAGCAACUUCAUAUAACUCGACAAACUCUCGCUCAGUACGCUCUGAUUCAGUACAAGAUGAACUAAUUGUAAUACAACAAGAUGAUCAAUUUGAAGUGACUGAUCAUGAUGAGCUCUUGUAUCAUGUUGGCGAGCUCGAAGAUAUUAUUAAAACAAAAUUUGGUGCUGAUCAAGAAAAUCUACCAGAACACGUCGGGUUUGCAGUAGACAUAGAAUUGAAAGAAGCAAUCAAGGAUGGGUCGCGAUAUUACUGGGAGAUCAAGAAUGUUUACUAUGGAGAAAAGAAUAAUGUUCAUAACGGAGUUGUUACGGCAUUCCUUAUAUGCACGCAAAGAAAUGAUCGAAUUCAGCAGACUAGCGAUGUGACAGUUAUAAGAAGGAGUGAGGCACGUAAAGCGAUCUCAAGAGAGGGUGUUCUUCCGACUUUUGUUUUGAUUGACAAAGAUAGUGGAGAAAUUGCUGCAGUAGAAGAGGCCUG